AUGGCCUUCUGCUACAACUCAUCAUCAACUUCUCAUUUUCUUUCUUCAUUCUUCUUCUUCAUUUUAUUCAUCAUAACAUUACUGCAUUUUCCUAGCCCAAUAAGUUCAAUCUCCUUCGACUUCUCAAAUUUCACAGCCAAUGAUCCUCGAAUACGUUUAGAAAAUGAUUUUGUUCUAGCAGGUAAUGUCAUAACUCUUAACGGAAAUGUUGGCCGUGCAACUUACUCGAAACCUAUCCAACUUUGGGAUUCAAGCACUGGGAGGCUAACGGAUUUUGAAACUCACUUCUCCUUCGUAAUAAAGUCUAUCGAUAAUAACUUUUGCGACGGUAUCACUUUCUUCCUCUCCCCUUUCGAGUCGAGUAUUCCUCCAAAUUCUGGUGGUGGAUAUCUUGGCUUAAUGAGUAUGGAAGUGGCUGAAAAACACUUUAUGAAAAAUCAAAUAGUUGCAGUGGAGUUUGACACUUUUAAGAACCCGUGGGAUCCAAGUGCUGACCAUGUGGGCAUCGACGUUAACUCGAUAACAUCUGCGGCUAAUGUGUCUCUAGAAAGUGGGAGUAUGAAAGAUGGAAGAACGGCUUAUGCACAGGUUACUUAUGACGCAGCUACCAAAAAUCUAAGUGUAUUUCUAAGUUACAAUAAUCCUCUUUUCAACAAUUCUAUUGUGAAUCAUAUUGUUGAUCUAAGCAAGGUUCUACCGGAGCAAAUUAGUGUCGGAUUUUCAGCUUCCGUGCAUGACAGUUCUAAUGGCCAGUACAACAUUCAUUCCUGGCGAUUCAAUUCCACUUUGGAAUAUGUUGGAAAGGAAACAAGUAAAUCCUUCAAAAAAAGAAGAAGAUUGGUGGUUGUGCAAGAAGUUCUUAUAGUUGUUGUUGUGGGUAUUUUUUGUUUUGGGCUUGGUUUUGCUUCACAUUUCUUGUGGAAGAAGAGGAGUAGCUCAAGGAAGAAUAGUAAUCAUGACGACAAUGUAAAUCCUGAUGUGUUGAUGAACAAUGAAUUUGAGAAAAAAAAGGGACCUAAGAGGUUCUCGUAUAAAGAACUGGUUGAUGCAACUAGUAACUUUGAUGAGGGAGGGAAACUUGGAGAGGGGGGAUUCGGGGGUGUUUAUAAAGGGUUUUUGAGUGGCAUGGAUGUCGCCAUUAAGAAGAUAUCUGGGGGAUCACAACAGGGAAAAAAAGAAUAUGAAUCAGAAGUAAGGAUUAUAAGCCAGUUACGUCAUAGAAAUUUGGUUAAACUCAUUGGUUGGUACCACGAAGAAAAUGAAUUGCUUCUCGUUUACGAAUUGAUGCCAAACAGAAGCCUCGAUAAACAUUUAUUUCGAGGUGCAAAUGUUCUCCCUUGGGAUGUCAGAUAUAAAAUAGCCAUUGGGUUAGCUUCUGCAUUACUAUAUUUACAUGAAGAAUGGGAACAAUGUGUAGUUCACAGAGAUAUUAAAUCAAGUAAUAUAAUGUUGGAUUCGGAUUUUAAUGCUAAACUCGGUGAUUUCGGUCUAGCAAGGCUUAUUGAUCCUGACCGGAGUUGUAAAACAACGGUUAGCGCCGGCACCAUGAAUUAUGUAGCACCAGAAUGUUUAAGAACGGGUAAGACAAGUAAAAGAUCCGAUGUUUUUAGUUUCGGGAUCGUUGCACUAGAAAUUGCUUGUGGGAGAAAGCCGGUGGAUGUAAUUGUGGGAGUUUCACUGGUAGAGUGGGUUCGCGAACUGUACGAAAGGGGAGACAUCAAUGGAGCAGCCGAUGAGAGACUACAUUUGAAUUUUGAUGUACAUCAGAUGAAAAGUUUAAUGGCUAUAGGUCUAUGGUGUGCUCAUUCUGAUCCUUAUGCUAGACCUUCCAUCAGGCAAGUGAAUAAUUUUCUCAGAUUAGAAUCUCCAGUGCCGAAUCUUCCCUCAGACCUUCCUACUCAAGGUCAUCGUACACAUCGAUGA